AUGAAGCCGUUGGCGGUGGGGCGAGUGGGGCAAGCGCGGUGUUGCCCAAGCAGCCGCCGUUGCCCAAGCGCGGCGGCAGCGGGCAUAAAAGGAGCCGAGGUGCUGUGCCGUGCCGUGCCGUGCCACACCGCCGCGAUGCCGGGCUGCUGGGCGCUGCUGCUGCUGGCGGGGCUGGGGGCGGCCGGGGGCCUGGCCACGUCGCCCGUCCUCACCUACCCCCAGGCUCUGGCGCAGGCCGUGGACGCCUUCAACCAGCGCCCCGACGUGCGAAACAUCUUCAGGCUGCUGAGCGCCGACCCCGAGCCGGCACUGGACGUGGAGCUGAGCAGCCUGCGGGGGCUCAACUUCACCCUGAUGGAGACGGAGUGCACGCCGGGGACCCACGUCCGCCUCGACGACUGCGACUUCAAGGAGAACGGGGUCAUCAAGGACUGCAUGGGGUCGGUGCAGGUGCUGCAGGGCUCCUCCGAGAUCGACCUGCGCUGCGUGGACGCCUCCUCCGACCCGGCGCUGGUGCAGCGGGGCCGCAUCGGCCGCUUCUUCGGCAGGCUGCGGCGCUUUCGGCCCAGCAUCCGCUUCGACAUCCGCGCGCGCGGCAGCAUCCGGUUGGGCUGAGACAAUAAAACCGGGGGCUUCCCCCCACCACGACCCCCCAGCUGGGCUCCCACGCUGGCUCCCCGGGGCGUCGCGAGGGAGGGGC